CGCCAUGAUGAUAACGAACUAAACCUCUAAAAAUGUAUGCUGGCUAGUUUUGCUGUCAACCUGACACAACUAAAGUUAUCUGAGGAGAAAGAAGUCAGUUGAGGAAACGCCUCCAUCAGAUUGGCUGUAGACAAGUCUGUGAGACCCAUAUGUCAGACUUCUACUUGAUGCUAUGAAACACUCAGGGUGUGCUAUUGAUCAAGGGAAAGACUUUUCUUACAAAGACUGUGGUGGAAAUGUCAGCGGAGGGUUUGAUGCUUCAACGUCUCAGAUUGUUUUGUGCCAGGAUAAUAUCCAAAAUGAGGCCCACAUGAGCAGAGUCAUCACCCAUGAGCUCAUUCACGCAUUCGAUCAUUGUCAGGCUCACGUCCACUGGUUUACCAAUGUCAGACAUUUGGCCAACUUGGAGAUUAGAGUUGCAAGCCUCAGUGGAGACUGUUGGCUUGCAAAUGAAAUCUUCAUGUUGCAUUUUGGAUUAAAACAACACCAUCAGACUUGUGUGUGUGUUCUUUCCAUCUUGGCUGUUCGGAACAUCAGCAGAGAAGAGGCCCAGAAGGCUGUGGAUGAUGUUUUUGAGUCUUGUUUCAAUGACCGUGAGCCUUAUGGCAGGAUCUCACAUACUAAGACAUAUGCCAGAUACGAUCACAGGGAUUUUCAGAGCCGUGGUCGAUAUUACUCAUUACUCGAACAUAUGAAGGUGGUGGCCGUCAGUAUCCCUGAACAUCAGGACCAUGAGGGAAAUGAGGUUCUUAGACAUAGAGUGUAUACAAUGUAAAUGAUCAGUUAAGUACUGGAUACAGUGCAGAAGGCAAGGUGUUCUUAGACACAGAUAUAUACAAUGUAAAUGAUCAGUUAUGCACUGGGGAUACAGUGCAGAAGGUGCUGGUUUUAGCAUUUGACUACAAAAAAUGGAUAUGGCAAAAAAGGAACUCCUUAAACUGCAAGGCAAAAUUGGAUAUUUAUAGCUAAUCAUUUAGUAAAUAAGGUAAAUAAAUGACACUUUUGUAUUCUCUACAGUAGAAAUUAAUGAGUGAAUAUAUUAACUAAUUAAUAUACGCAGGCUAUAACUCAGCGAGAGGACAUUUGCCUCAUACAAACAAAGCCUGGGUUCCAGCCCCAACACUGAGGUUAAAAAAAACUGAAUAAAUAAAUAAAUAAAGCCAAUGCAACUGAUAUGAAUGAUUAAGUUAUCAGCAAAGUUUAUAUAACUCCCAAUUUCACAAGUUUCAGUCCAUGAUUGGUUAGCCCUGUUGCUUUGACUUUGUGGCAACCCAUUAUGAUAGAGCAAAACUGGUCACUUAAUGGCCAAGAAGGAAAAGAGAAGAGGAGAGGUAUCUUCCCUAUGACUUUAGGAAUGCCCAUUUGGCCCACCUCUUACAGUUCCACCUGGAGAUUAAGUGUGCUGGUUAGUUUGUGUCAAUUGGACACAAACAAGAGUCACCCGGGAAAUCACCUCAAAUGAGGAAUUGUUCCCAUCAGAUGUGUCUGUUGGCAUGUUUGUUGGCUAGUUUUCCAUUGUCAGGCAUGAUUUCCCUCCUGUUGACUAAGCCAAUUGGACAAUUGUUGGUUACUGCCAAGAUAUUAGUGCCACUAUUGCACGAUUACAGAUAUUUUGCCAUGCCUGUGAAAAACUGAGAAAGUCAUGUGUGAGUGAAGUGCUGAGUAAAUGUGUGAUGUCAACGUGGGCAUGGCCAUGUUAAGGACCCCAUAGCCUUAGGUCCAGAAAGAUUGCAAAGCCUUCCUCAGGGGACUGAGUGCUAGUGUUAACAAUGUGUGCAGAAAAUGUCCAUGCUAGCCUUCUCCCCCUGGAUACUUAUGGCCUGAAAACUGCUCACCUGCAGAGACUGUUUCUACCAAGAUUAGCUAAGCCUGUCCCCUUGAUCCAGCUGUAUACCAUAAACCCUGAUUCCUUGUUUAUCUGUACGUAAUAACCCCACCUCCUUGUUCAGCUGUAUGAAAUAGCCUCAUGUCUCUGUUCAACUUUACAUAAUAAAUGUGCUGAGCUUCCAAAAUGCUGUAGUUUCUUCAUCAGAGAUCCCAGUCUGCCCAAUGCCAGCUUUUCUGUGUACCCAUGUGUCCAACCAUCCAUAUU